AUGGAGGAGGAAAAACGGCGGCGGCGUCUUUUUGUGCUCGGGCAGGAGCUGUUUAUCAGUGUUCCUGAUUGUUGUCGUGAAAAGCGUUUUAUCGUGAAUUGCGUUUGUGUGCGAGGGGGCGGUGUGCAGUGUUAUCGCGUCGAGUCGCUGUGCAGGGAGGACGCUUAUGUACAACGCGAGGUGUGCGCUGAGGGUGAUUACACCGCACAAGCCAGAGGCCCUUGCGGAGGCGCACGCACUCGGGGAGCGAAGGGAGAGCCUCUACACUCGACGCCCUUCACUCUCCGCUCGCACUCGGGGAAAGACGCCAGGGCUAAAGCCCAGCGGCGGCGAGUGAAGGAAGUAGAGACGAUCGCUGGUGGCAAGGUGUCGAACAAGGGAAUUUGCUGUUAUCCCGGUGUUAGCCCGCACAUGGGCGAACGCCGAUGUGGUAGAGCAGAGAAUGCAGAACCGUAGGGAAAGGGCGAGCGCAGGUCACGUGACGCCGCGACCCCACACUUCCCUUUCCGCCCCUCGGCCACAGGAAUUACA